ACGAAGCGUUCAGAUGCUUUUUCACCAUGAUGGUUAUGCAACCCCGUAAUAGCUUAGGAUAUGGGUUAUUCUUUUUACUGGGUUUUCUCUUAAGCUCUAUGGUAACAUGGAUUAGCAAUACCGGUAGGGAUUCUAUUCUUUCUUCAGAUGGAAUGUCCAACUGCCAUAAGUUGCUCAGUGAAGUGACGAGGAUGAUAAGCAGGCCAGUCAUAACUUACAACGAUCUGGCCACCAACAAUAGGCCUAAUAGUGAUUCGACCCAACGGAAAAUACUGCUUGACUGUGGUGGUAAUAUGGCGUCUACGGUCGGGCUGUUUCGUGAAACAUACCCAGGAGGAAAAGAAUUUAUUAUCCAUUCAUUUGAAAUCGAUGACCGACUCGCUCCUUAUUUCAGUCCAUAUGGUAAACACCACCUCCACUGUCCUCUCGGAGUCGCAGAUUCUGAUGGUAAGUUGAAUGAUGAUAAUAAUAAUAAUAAUGAUAAUACAGUAGAACCACUCCUUUGGGACACGCCUAUUCAGGGGACACUUUUCCGUGAAGAGGGGAAAUACAUCUUUUAA